AUGACUCUGUUCGGCGGCGGCAAUGGCAAAGACACAUCUCGCCGAAGGUGGACCACAAACGAAGUCAUCACAAUCUCAACCAUCUCCGUCAUAGCCUCCUACACCGCAUCACGCUUCUACAAAACCCGUCUCCGUCGAAUCCCAAACGUCAAUCACCUAAAACCAGAAUGGCUGCGAAAACGUUCUUUGUAUGGCAAAGUCACAAACGUAGGAGACGGAGAUAAUUUUCGCAUGUUUCAUGCUCCUGGAGGGAGGUGGACUGCUUGGGGCAUUCUUCGACCUAUUCCGACAGACAAGAAGUUGAAAGAUCAGACGUUGUCUAUUCGCAUCGCAGGUAUUGAUGCGCCUGAGAACGCGCAUUUCGGGAGACCGGGGCAAGAAUAUGGACCCGAAGCAUUGCAGUGGUUGAGAGACAGGAUUUUGGGACGUUAUGUGAGAGUCUUGCCGUACCGGAGAGAUCAGUAUGACAGAGUUGUGGCUACGGUGUAUAAGAGGAAGUGGUUUGGAUUGAGGAGGGAAGAUGUUGGGUUGGAGAUGUUGAAGGCUGGGUUGGCGACGGUUUACGAGGCGAAGAUGUAUAGUGAGUUUGGAGGGAAGAAGGAGAGGUAUGAAGAGGCUGAGAAUCGGGCGAAAGAGAGGAAGGUGGGGAUGUGGAGGGAGCCGAGUGUGAUGAAGAAGAUUAUAGGCGGGAGCAAGAAGAAGGAGGUUGAGACGCCUAGAGAGUUCAAGACGAGGAUGAAGGAGGAGGAGCAACACGCUGGGAAAGGUUGAAUAAGCUGGUUGCGUUUUACCUACGACAAAUGUUCUUGCACUGGUCACAGGCUGUGCAAGUCACUUUGGAAUUUAAAAUCAUGAUACCCACCCACGGAGAUCUGGUUGUUGCCAAGACAUCGCUUGAGAAGGACCUUCGAAGACAUUCCGGCACAGAUCCUGUUCGAUGUUCGUCCCUCUCACCAAACACCUGACAACAGGAGACUCCCUCAUACGCCUCAGACCCACGGGACGCCUAUUCCCGGCCUCCCUGGUCAGCUGGAGAUGACCCACGUCGUCGAUCAAAGGCCGCACAGACCACGCACAGCUAAUAUAAAUCCUUCUUACUGGAGAAGAGCCCAAUCAUCGCAUAGCACCGAUGAAUCUUCUCCGUGGCGCAAUUGGCUAGCGCGUUCGACUGUUAUUCUAGCAAGAAGAGCAGAGCAUCGGGAGGUUGACAGUUCAAUCCUGUCCGGGGAAGCGAAACUUUUGCUGUUCUUGUAGCUUCAAUAUUCGUUGAGAUAUGAGGCGUGCAACUGUUGUGAAGGAUGAUCAGGAGUGUGAAAGCGAAUUCUUUUUGGCCCGGCGAGCGUCCCAGGCAUCAGCCUCAUCGCUGGUCGUGAACAGUUUGGUUCAGAGACCGACCGAUGUAAAAGCAACCAGCAAGGAAAGUACUUAAAACAGCUCAUCAACAGUAGCAAGUAAGGAUAAAGGGGUUCAGCCUUCUGAGAUAUUAUGGAGUAUGGAAAUGUAUAUACAGCUGUGCCUCGCAAGGCCCUUCAUUGAG